GAGAGUGCAAAUGGUGUAAAAGAAUAUAUUCCAUAUGCUGGUGGCUGGUUUCUUCAUUACACUGUUCUUCUUUUCUUGUUUAAAACUACCAUGGCUUCCUUUCUAGAGAGAGUUUUUGGCUCUAGCAUCUCAACCUUUAUAUUACGUUGUUUUGCAUAUCAAGAUCAACAUAAUCAUCACCAUAAUAACCAUCACACUUUCAAUAAUAAGAACUUCAAGAUGCCUAAGGGUCGACCUAUUUCCUUACAGACUGUUGACCUGAAAGUAAGGAUGUGCUGCACUGGUUGCGAAAGAGUUGUUAAGAAUGCCAUUUACAAGCUCAGAGGGAUAGAUUCGGUGGAAGUGGAUUUGGAAAUGGAGAGGGUGACAGUGACAGGGUACGUUGAGAGGAACAAGGUGUUGAAGGCAGUGAGAAGGGCCGGGAAGAGGGCAGAGUUCUGGCCAUACCCAAAUCCGCCAUUGUAUUUCACAACCCCCACAAACUACUUCAAGGACACAACCACUGAGUUCAAGCAGAGUUACAACUACUACAGGCAUGGUUACAACCUUGGUGAGAGACAUGGAACUUUUCCAAUGUCUCAGCGUGGCGAUGACCAAGUUAGCAACUUUUUCAAUGAUGAUAAUGUCCAUGCUUGCACACUCAUGUAAUUAAUUAAGAAAUUUAGCUCUGUUGUUGUGUAUAAGUAGUAUUUGUAUUUCUUUUCUAUAGUUGUGGAGACUUUAAUUAAUACAACUAUAUAUUAAUGUAAAUUGUAAAAGGUCUGGCUAUUUUAUCAAUUACCAAUCAA